AUGGGGUUCUUUUCCUCAAAGUCUUCGAAAUCUAAAUCUGCCUCAACGACGACAACGGCCACUACCACCAGAGUUCAGGUUACGCGCCUCGUUAAACGUAAAUCGGAGCCGUUACCUAGUUCAGGUCCAGCUCCUUCUCGCUCUGUGUCUUUGUCAACUUCGCCAUUAUCAUCUCCACUAUCAUCUCCAGGAACUACACCUCCCCCCAACCUGAAAAACCCAAGGAAGAAGAAAAAAAGUCCGGAGGCGGGUCCCAGCACGGAAUCUAGUAGAUCUCGCGUUUCGAAGAAAAUGCGCGUCGACAAGCCUCCGAAGCGCGCCUCGAAUGCAAAUUCGAGAGCUUCCAGUCGCUCGACGAUCAACUUGGCCUCAUCUCCACUAGAACCCAUAUUCAGGUCUAGAUCCAGUAGGUCGCGUUCGACUUCCACGUUUCCAUCGUUAUCAUCGGUGUCGACUCGGAAUUUGGCUUGCGAAGGAGACGGAGAACCUGGGCCUUCUCAUGUCAGCUCACAGUCUGUAGUCCGCAAUCUGCACAAGUCAUACAAAGCGUAUUUCAGUAACCCCGCCGAUCCUGAUGACAGUUCGUUUGAGCCCGAAAGCUAUCCUUAUGUGGACCUGGAGUACCCAAAUAACGCCGCUACUGAACGAUUUUUAUUACUUGCUCCUAAAGACAAAGACCACUAUAAUCCGAUAAUGGACCUUGAACAAACACUGUAUACAAUCGUGGAUUAUUAUCUCACACCCAGUCAAAGAGCCCUCAUUGGCAACGUACCCAGUGACCUAUUGACCGAAACCGUUUCUCCUCCUCUUUCUCCCUCACCUUCACCUCCGAAUUCCACCGCAUCACAUGCUUCCUCUGGCUCGAUGUCUUCUCUAACAUCGCUGGAAUCAUCUUCCCAUAACGAAUUUCCACAACCUCGCGUAAAUUAUUGCCGUGCCGUCCAGCGUGCGAUAAACACCAAAGAUGGUCCACUUUUUAUUAAAACAAUCAAGAAGAUCAACAGUCUUCUCAGUUCUUUCAAGUAUCCGACACCUCCGUCUGAUCCUUUCGAACCUGUCCCAAAAAACUCCCUCAAAGAACGGGUAGCGACAUGGUCGAAUAACGGAGGUUUACCUUCCAAGGUUUUGAUGAGAAUUAUCGACGAGAACUAUCAACGUUGUGUUGGUCCGCACAUUAACAAACUUCGAAAGUAUGAGGCUUUCACCAGUAAAGUCUAUGGAGAAAUUCUGCCAAGUUUGGUGCACGAAAUUCUUUCGUUGACCAAGCUCAAUCAGGAUUCCUUGUUCAUGGACUUGGGAUCAGGAGUUGGCAAUGUCGUCAUUCAAUCUGCUCUCCAAACAGGGUGCAAGAGCUACGGAAUUGAGCUUGUUGAGGGACCUGCACAGGUAGCCAAGGAGAUGGCGGAACAAUUCAAGGCGCGAUGUCGGAUGUGGGGCGUGGCUUGUGGAGAAAUUGAACUGGAGGAGGGUGAUAUGCUGGAGAGUCCGAGAGUAGCAGAGUUACUUCCGAAAGCUGACGUCGUGCUGGUGGAUAACAAAGUUUUUGAAGAGAAAUUGAAUGAGGCAUUACGGCCCAAAUUCCUCGACUUGAAGGAAGGAGCAAUCGUGAUUUCCCUGAAGCCCUUUGUCUCAUCAUUGAACGGGUUAAAUGCUCGUGUGACUGAACGCAAUGUCGACGACAUUUCUGCCAUAUUCGAUGUCACUGAAAGGCCAUACUAUCCGGGUUCUGUUUCCUGGGGAAACAAUGGAGGGUCAUAUUAUAUCCACCGUGUUGACCGGGUGGGAUAUGCGGAAAUUCGACAAAAAUUUGAGAGUACUACGAGGGGAAGACGGAGUGCGGCCACUGCGAAAUAUACCCCGUCGAAGAAUACGGACGAAAGUGAUUGGUUUGGACAGUGA